ACUGGACAAGAGUCAACAUCACGCUAACUUCUCACCUUCUCGCAACUGCUUUCACACUCGCACACUCCUGUUAUCAGUAACAGCUCCAUCAAGUUCGCCGAUCCCCUCUCUCUCUCUCUCUCUCUCUCUCUCUCUAGAAUCGCUAUUCUGUCGGCAUGGGUUUGGUCCCCUGCUGCCUCAUUUUCGCUCUCCUGAUAUCCGCCACUGGAUCCGCCGACGCCUCUAUCCACGUCUACGACCGAGAUCCCUUCCGAGAAGUCGGCAAUGCCUACCUUCUCUCCGGCGGCAGCGAAGGCAUCGUCGCCUCUAGCACCGCCGCUCCUCUCCCCGCCGACAAUGCCGCCCGCUCUUCCAUCGACGACGGCCGCUCUUACAUCCGAUUUGACAAUAUCACAUUUUGGAGGAGUAAAGAUGCGGCUGACCAGCACCGAGAGAUGGAACAUAGCACCGGCUUGAUCCAAGUAAUAAUAUUUGAAGCCGUCGAUCGUGAUAACAUUGGCGGUUCACCUUAUGGUGGGCAGAGGUCUAUCUGCUGCACUCCCGAUCUUGCCAAGCUGGAAGGUUGUAAGCAAGGUGAAGUCAUUAGAAUACCUUCUGCGACCAAUAUUAACUGGCCUAUCGUCUUAAAUGUACAGUUCAAUGGAAACUAUCUGUCUACACAUAUGGAUAAUAAGGUGGUUUACAUCAGUAAGACUGGGAUGUACAACUUGUUCUUUAUAUCAUGUGAUCCCACACUCAAGGGACUGACGAUGAGUGGCAAGACUAUGUGGAAGAAUCCAGAUGGAUACUUACCUGGUAGAAUGGCCCCUUUAAUGAAGUUCUAUGUGAUCAUGGCUCUCGCCUACGUAUUGCUUAGCCUCAUCUGGUUCUCCCAGUAUGUGAGAUAUUGGAAGGACAUAUUGCAACUUCAGCACUGCAUCACUGCUGUUAUUGCUCUUGGGUUAUUUGAGACGACUCUUUGGUAUUUUGAGUAUGCGCACUUCAAUAACACAGGAACUAGGCCGCUUGGAAUUACAACUUGGGUUGUAACAGUUGGAGCCUUAAGGAGAACUCUUUCCCACCUUCUUAUACUCUGUGUUUCGAUGGGAUAUGGUGUGGUGCGUCCUACUCUUGGCGGUCUUACCAUCAAGGUUCUGCUUCUUGGGGUAACUUAUUUCUUGGCAUCUGAGUUGCUAAAUAUUACCGAGUAUGUGGGAACCAUAAAUGACGUAGCAGGAAGAGCGAGGGUCUUUCUAGUGCUUCCUGAUGCAUUAUUGGAUGCAUUCUUAAUAUUAUGGAUUUUCACAUCUCUUUCGAGGACACUAGAUCAGCUACAGGCAAAAAGGAGUUCUGUCAAGUUGGACAUUUAUAGAAAGUUCUCAAACGCAUUAGCAGUCACAGUGAUUGCUUCGGUUGCUUGGAUAGUAUUUGAGGUCUAUUUCAAAGCAACAGAUCCAUUCAAUGAGAGGUGGCAGGGUGCAUGGAUGAUCAAUGCUUUCUGGGAUAUUCUUGCAUAUGUAUUGCUAUGUGUUAUAUGUUAUCUCUGGGCCCCAUCGCAGAGCUCCCAACGUUAUGCCUACUCGGAUGAAAUGGGAGACGAGUCGGAUGACGAUGAAGCUCAAUCCUUGUGCAAGGGAUCUCCAAAAGGUGACAUCAGUUUAGUCAAACAGGAUAGAAAGGAGAAGAAUGGCGAGAGUGCCGACGUUUCCGAUCUUGAAGACGAGAUGGAAGAGAAUAAGAGAGAAUGAUAUCUGCAGAGAUCAUUACAAAGGGAAUUGUUUCACUUCAGUAUAGUGGGAAAAUAGCAUUGCCUUCUUGAUUUUGUGUAAUUUUCUUCUGCUUUUCUUCACGAUUUUGAUUGUGUAACUGUACAUGUGGGCAGUGGUUAUUAUCGCCUGGGAAACUCGCGGAAAUCGAGAUUGACAAUGAAAAAGGGGCAGUCGAUUAACCCAGAGCCAAAACCAUCUAAUUCAGCUUGGAUUGACAUUGUAUUAACGACACCUUUGCUUUUUUCUCCUUUUAAUGGUAUAUAUUAAUUAAUCGUUUUUUCA